AUGGCGUCGUAUUGGCUGGUGUCUCCCUCUCCCGCUUCACCUAGGUUCCUGAAGCCCUCGUUUUCUCUCUCCCGCACCCUAUCCGCAGGCGCAGGCUCUUCUUCUUCUUCUUCUUAUAACCCAGUACCCAUCACAAGCAGCAGCAGCAAUUCUCCUAACACAAUCCCUUAUCCCAACGCAAGCCUGUUGUUGUUGGGCCCAUUCAGUCAAAGGCGCCGGCGUUGGAGUCCCAGUUGUGUUAACUUUGAUCUCAGACGCCGAGCUCACGUGUCGAGGAGCUCGUCUUCUGCAUCCACAGGCCCCGAGAAGGACGAUGAGGCCGCUGCCAAGGUUGCAGUUGAGGGUUCUACUUGGAUCGACUUGUAUUUGCCGAGGCAAGCUCGCCCUUAUGCUAAGCUCGCUCGGGUCGACAAGCCCAUCGGCACGUGGUUGUUCGCUUGGCCUUGCAUGUGGUCAAUAAUAUUGGCAGCAACUCCAGGAGUACACCUGCCUGAUAUUAAGAUGUUGACACUAUUUGCAUUUGGGGCUCUCUUUGUCAGGGGCGCCGCAUGCACCAUAAACGAUUUCCUUGACCGGGAUAUUGAUGCCAUGGUGGAACGCACAAAGUCGCGGCCACUUGCAAGUGGUGUUUUGACACCUUUUCAGGGGCUCUGUUUUCUUGGAUUUCAAUUGCUUUUGGUUCUUGGGUUUCUCCUUCAACUGAAUAAUUACAGCCGCGUUUUGGGGGCUGCAUGGCUGUUGCUAAUUUUCACCUAUCCCCUUAUGAAGAGGAUGACAUACUGGCCACAAGCGUUUCUAGGUUUGGUGAUCAGCUGGGGGGGUUUAUUAGGAUGGGCUGCAGUUAAAGGAACCAUUGAUCUAGCUAUAAUGCUGCCCUUGUACAUUUCUGUAGUAUUCUGGACACUCGUCUAUGAUACCAUAUAUGCACAUCAGGACAAGGAAGAUGAUGUGAAAGUAGGUGUUAAGUCUACGGCAUUGAGAUUUGGCGAUUCAACCAAGAAAUGGAUUACUGGGUUUGGAAUUAUAUGCAUCACUAGUCUUGCCCUCGCUGGAUAUAAUGCUGAAAUUGGUUGGGCAUACUAUGCAAGUGUGGGAGUUGCAUCUGGACAUUUAGCUUGGCAGAUAUUGACAGCUGACCUUUCAUCCCCGCUUGAUUGCAAUAAAAAAUUUGUGUCGAACAAAGGGUUUGGUGCUAUUAUUUUCAUUGGAAUCCUACUUGGAAGACUUUUCCCAUGAUGAAGAUGCUGCCUAAUUCUCGCUUUGCUUAGCUGCUGCUGCUGCUUUUUUUCUCACGGAGUGGGAAAUUGGAACACAAAGGCAAAACAAAGAGAGAUGGACAAAAAUGGGGGAUUUGGUUUGGGAUGUUUUAUUUUCCAAUAAUAAUAAAAAGAGGAAAUUACCCUGGAAUCCAUUACGGAUAAAUUUCCCAAGAUGUACAUACC